AGGAGAUCCGCGGCCGCCACUGCGCCCCAUGGAGGAGCCGCCGCCGCCCCGCCCACCAGGGAGCAUGGCCUUACUGGGCAGCCAGCACUCCGGCGCCCCCUCCGCGGCCGGCCCACCUGGCGGGACUUCCUCCGCGGCCACGGCGGCCGUGCUCUCCUUCAGCACCGUGGCGACCGCGGCGGCCGCAGCGCUGGGGAACCUGAGCGACGCAAGCGGAGGCGGCGGCCUUGGCGGGUCCGGGGCAGCGCGGGAGGCGGGGGCGGAGGUGAGGCGGCCGCUAGGCCCGGAGGCGGCGCCGCUGCUGUCGCACGGAGCUGCAGUGGCGGCCCAGGCGCUCGUCCUCCUGCUCAUCUUCCUGCUGUCUAGCCUUGGCAACUGCGCGGUGAUGGGGGUGAUUGUGAAGCACCGGCAGCUCCGCACCGUCACCAACGCCUUCAUCCUGUCGCUGUCCCUAUCGGAUCUGCUCACGGCCCUGCUCUGCCUGCCCGCCGCCUUCCUGGACCUCUUCACGCCGCCCGGGGAUUCGGCGCCUGCCGCCGCCGCGGGGCCCUGGCGCGGCUUCUGCGCCGCCAGCCGCUUCUUCAGCUCGUGCUUCGGCAUCGUGUCUACGCUCAGCGUGGCGCUCAUCUCGUUGGACCGCUACUGCGCCAUCGUGCGGCCGCCGCGGGAGAAGAUCGGCCGCCGCCGCGCGCUGCAGCUGCUGGCGGGCGCCUGGCUGACGGCCCUGGGCUUCUCCUUGCCCUGGGAGCUGCUCGGGGCGCCCCGGGAACUCGCGGCGGCGCAGAGCUUCCACGGCUGCCUCUACCGGACUUCCCCGGACCCCGCGCAGCUGGGCGCGGCCUUCAGCGUGGGGCUGGUGGUGGCCUGCUACCUGCUGCCCUUCCUGUUCAUGUGCUUCUGCCACUACCACAUCUGCAAGACGGUGCGCCUGUCGGACGUGCGCGUGCGGCCUGUGAACACCUACGCGCGCGUGCUGCGCUUCUUCAGCGAGGUGCGCACGGCCACCACCGUCCUCAUCAUGAUCGUCUUCGUCAUCUGCUGCUGGGGGCCCUACUGCUUCCUGGUGCUGCUGGCCGCCGCCCGGCAGGCCCAGACUGUGCAGGCCCCCUCGCUCCUCAACGUGGUGGCCGUCUGGCUGACCUGGGCCAAUGGGGCCAUCAACCCUGUCAUCUACGCCAUCCGCAAUCCCAACAUUUCGAUGCUCCUAGGGCGCAACCGCGAGGAGGGCUACCGGACUAGGAAUGUGGACGCUUUCCUGCCCAGCCAGGGCCCGGGUCUGCAAGCCAGAAGCCGCAGUCGCCUUCGAAACCGCUAUGCCAACCGGCUGGGGGCUUGCAGCAGGAUGCCCUCUUCCAACCCGGCCAGCGGAGUGGCAGGGGACGUGGCCAUGUGGGCCCGCAAAAAUCCAGUUGUACUUUUCUGCCGAGAGGGGCCACCAGAGCCGGUGACGGCAGCGACCAAACAGCCUAAAUCCGAAGCUGGGGAUACCAGCCUCUAAGACGGUUGGAAUGGCCAGCUUAUGAAGGCAAAUUUCCACUCGCAUUAUUUAAUGAUGGAAGAUUCUGGGGGAGAGUUGUGGAUUUCAUAAAGCCAAACAUUUAAAGCUCGAGACGGGGGAGGCUUACCACUUUCCCCAAACAACAUAAAAGACAAUGUCCCUUCUUCAAAAGUGCCAAAAGGAAUGUAAAAUGCAAAAAUUAAAACAAUCUUAAACCACAUAACCAAGCAUUGUGAACUGUAAGUGCCAAAAAUGACAAAAAUAACAUUCACUAUAACUGAAAAGCUCAUAUUAUAGGACCACACUGUGAAACAAACAAAACAUUGAAUGCAACUAGUAUUGUUCAACUACACAGAAUUUCAGGAAUGAAUGGAGACCUUCAGAGCUGCUUGAAAGCCCCUCUAAAUCGCUACCAUCCAACAAAACUUUAGCUUCUAGAGCUUGCACCUCUGACGUGCUUUGGGUGCUUAGAUUGCAAGUGGAAAAGUCUUAUCCUUACACACAUUGGUGCACCUCCUCACCCCACCCCCUAAUAACCUUUGUGGAAAAUUUUUAAUUCAUAACCCAUUUAAAAUCAUUUUAGGAUUUUGAAAAGGUAGUUAUUAUUAGAUAAAAUUCAACCAUCUGAAGGACAAAUAGAAGUAUGAACAUAAAGAAAUGUGUCUUUUAAA